GGAAGGUGCGGGACGGCACCCCGACGUCUAUUCUUUUCGGCUGCACUUUCGGUACUUUUUUUCAAAAUUUCCUCCCUUCUGUUCCCACUCGUCGUGCGUAUUUCAUAAUUUGCGUUCCACGCGCGUAACGCGCGUGCAUUUCUAAUGUACGAGACGUGGCAGCUAGGCGGAGGCUAAAUUGCCAUGACGGCUUCGCGCUGCACCGCCCGACACCGUCCGUUGCCCGUUGGAGGUUAGGUUUCCGCAGAUCGCAGCGAGAAAGGUACGGCUGGCGGCUCGGCCUCGCGCGACUGCAUCCGUUUGUCAACCGGGAUCUGACUGCAUGGGGAUUUCGCGGCGCCCGGCAACUCUCUGAAACAUGGAUUCGCCGCCGAACCUGGAGACCGUCUACCAGGCCGUGUUCUCUUUAUAUAACAACACAAAUCCGGCCGAGCCAGGAAAAGCGUCAUUAUGGCUGGGAGAACUGCAGAGAUCGGUAUUUGCAUGGAAAAUCGCAGAUGAAAUGUUACAUCAGAAACGAAAUGUAGAGUCUUGUUACUUUGCUGCACAAACGAUGCGCACCAAGAUCCAGCUCUCCUUCCACGAGUUACCGCAGGAGGCUCACACAUCGUUGCGAGAUUCGUUAAUGGAACAUAUAUCGCAAAUCAAUGAACAUACUAAUUCUGCCAUUGUUACUCAGUUAUGCUUAGCUCUAACAGAUCUGGCCCUACAAAUGUCCUCCUGGCAGAAGCCAGUGGUAGAUUUAAUUAAUAGGUUUGGAGGAAACACCGCGCACCUAUGGCCACUACUUGAAAUAAUGACGGUAUUUCCAGAAGAAGUAAAUUCACGAUCGCUCAGGCUGGGUGCUAAUCAUAGACAGCAUAUAUUGCAUGAACUCAAUGCGAAUGCGGAUACUAUGACAGAGUUUCUGAAAAUGUGCCUAAAAAACAGCGGUGAUAAUUUACAAAUCCAAAUCACUAUUUUGCGAUGUUUUACCAGUUGGAUAACCGUUCAUGCAAUACCACUUAAAGCUGUACCCUCGAGCGAGGUAGUCGUUUAUGCUUUGCAAGUACUCAGCAAUCACAUGGCUGUUUCGCAACUUCACGAGACGGCUACCGACUGCAUCUGCGUAAUUUUGCAAGUGUUAGGGGAAGAUAGCAAUACCAGCCGUGAUAGUGACAACGAAAUAAGCGUGCAGUUGCAGCAAUUGCAAUUGUGUCUUUUCACAAGUGUUAUGAAUUUAGAACAACCAUAUCACUUGUCUGUUGCGCACGAGGACAUGGAAAAGUCUAUAAAUUAUUGUCGGAUAUUCACGGAACUGGCCGAGACGUUUCUAGACACUAUGGUGACCGGUAGCGAAGAUGGAAAGCAGCAUUACGCUAUAAAAAUUUUGGAUCUUGUCCUUACGUGUGUUGGUCAUCAUGAUUAUGAGGUUGCGCAGAUCACUUUCAACUUGUGGUAUCGGUUAUCAGAAGCCCUUUAUCAGAAAAAUAACGAUGAUUUUAACACUGUAUUCCGACCUCACAUCGAGAGAUUGAUCGGUGCCCUUUGCAGGCAUUGUCAAAUGGAACCAGACCACUUGGGUCUCGUGGAAGAAGGGGGAGGAGGAGAAGAGUUUGCUGACUUUCGGAAUCGCGUGUCCGAUUUAAUAAAAGAUGUAGUGUUUGUGGUCGGAAGUAGCCACUGUUUCCGACAAAUGUUUUCGUCAUUGACCGGAGGACCUGGCCCACAGGGUCAACCUGUACAUACACCUACUUGGGACUCCACCGAAGCUGCGCUUUUUAUAAUGCAGGCGGUGGCAAAGAACAUUCUACCAGAAGAAAACGACGUGGUACCAAAAGUGGUGGAAGCUAUUCUUAAUUUGCCGGAAAAUACACAUAUAGCCGUACGCUAUACCAGUAUUCUCCUCUUAGGCGAGCUAUGUGAAUGGAUAGAUAGGCAUCCGCAGUCUUUAGAACCAGUUUUAAAUUUCCUCUUAGACUGUUUAAAUCAAAAGGGAUUAGGAAGCGCCGCUUCGGACGCGUUAUUAAGUAUAUGUACAGCUUGUCCGGCGCACAUGACAACACACUUUUCUGGGCUAUUGCAAAUAGCACGGUCUCUCGACAAUUUUGCUAUUAGUAAUGACGCAGCUAUUGGCCUACUAAAAGGAGUGUCAAUAAUUUUGGCAAAAUUGCCAUACGAGGAAAUUGCGCCGGCAAUAAGAGAGCUGUGCUGCUUUCAAGCGAGUUCCUUAUGGGCACUUCUGGCGGAUAGAGUUCAAAUCGAGAGAGGAACAAAGACUGAUCCUGUGAUAUGGCUGGAUAGAUUAGCCGCUAUAUUUAAACAUACUAAUCCUCAAUUCGAUGACCCUAAUAAGCCUCAUCCUUGUCAAAGUGUAGUCACUGAUAUGUGGCCUGUGCUGUCCAAUGUAUGUGAAACAUAUCAACGAGACGUGAGAGUCACAGAGAGAUGUUGCCGUUGCAUACGUUUUGCGGUACGCUGCGUGGGCAAACAUUCUGCCCACUUGCUCGAGCCAAUUGUGAAACAGAUCGUACCAUUGUACACGGUACAUAAGCACAGUUGUUUCUUGUACCUUGGCUCUAUAUUGGUGGACGAAUACGCAACUGACUCGGACUGUGUAUGGAAUCUGGUGAAUAUGUUACAAGCUUUCAUAGUCCCCACUUUCGCCCUUCUUGAACAGGAAGAUGGUUUGAAGAAUCAUCCUGACACGGUAGACGAUCUUUUCAGACUCUGUGCCAGGUUUCUUCAAAGAGCCCCUAUUCCUUUAUUACAUUCUCCCGUUAUGGGGAGCAUUGUAGAUUGUGCUAUAAUGGCUUGCAGUUUGGAUCAUAGGGAUGCUAAUAGUUCAGUAAUGAAAUUCUUCUAUGAUCUUUUACAUAGUGGCCGCAGUUAUAAGGACCGAUCAGACUACACGAUACGACGACAAUUGGUACAAAAUAUUACGCGGGAAAAAGGUCAAACUUUAGUCAUAAAAUUACUACACGCUGCAGUGUUUGAGUUGUCUUUUUACAUGCUGUCUGAUGUGGCGGAUGUCAUAAUAGAACUUACCCGAAACGAUGCAGACCUCAUGUCAAAGUGGUUGGAAGAAGCUAUCAAAACAAUGCCAUCACAAAACGCGGGCGGAGCUCCUACAGCAACACCUGACCAGCUACUUGAAUUUCAUAGUACAGUCACGAGGUCAGACACACCGAAAACCGUCACAAAUGCUUUACGAAAUUUUGCGCGCCUGUAUCACUAAUGCAAUUAAUUGUAUAUUGACAUUAUUAAAUUCCUCUCAAAAAAUUAUUCAUAAGAUCUUCCAGCAAGUUUGAGUUGACAUCUCGAAAAAAAAAGAAACUUGCUCUGGUGAGUCCCAAUGCUGUACAAAUAUAUUAGGGAAAAAGUACCAACAGUUUUUUAUGUUCUUACUAUCUAUAGUUAUGUUUGCAAACUAUAUGUACAUGUGUAUGUAUAUAUUGUAUUUGGAUAAAGGGGACUUUUAUAAGUA